AAAUAGAGAAAGAGAAAAAGAGAGAAAGAGAGAGAGAGAGAUUCCCAUCAGCUUCAUCAUCUACACAAACUCUCCUGCUUCUGUCAGUGCAUGUGGAUACCUGGUAUUUUCCAAUAUCAAAGAAGAUGGAAGCCGCCUGUUUGUUUCUCUUGAAAGCAAUGUCCUGCUAGCAUCAUCUCAAAAGCCAAGAAAAAACUGAACAAACGCACAAACCACUUCACAUGCCAAAUCCCAGCCGGCCAUGGCAAAAGGAUAUUACCUCAGCAAAAAUCUGGCCACUGCAGCCAUGAUAUUGGCCGCAAUAGCCCUGCUGACCAUCAUUGCCUUAUCCAUCGCUUACAACCGAGAAAAAUCCAGAAAUGCAGCUAAAUUCAUGAACGAUACCACACCGGAACUACCUCCCACACCUAAGACUUCGAAUGAACCGUGGGACAAAUACAGACUGCCUGAUACAUUGUCUCCACUGUCUUACAAUGUGACACUUUGGCCCCGUUUGGUAACGGACACCAGUGGGAUGUAUAUUUUUACAGGGAACUCCAAAGUGAUCUUUACUUGUCUGAAACAGACAGACUUGGUUUUAAUUCACUCCAACAAACUGAACUUGACUCUGAUCGAGGGUCAUCACGCAAAGCUAACAGGAUUGGAAGGUGUAAUAGCUCCUGCAAUAAAAACAACAUGGUUUCAAAAACAAACACAUUAUUUGGUGAUUCAGCUGGAUGGGAAUUUAAAGCCUGGGAACUCUUACCAGCUCUAUACAGACUUCAGGGGAGAACUUGCCGAUGAUCUGGAAGGUUUCUACAGAAGUGCAUAUAUGGAAGACGGCACAAAAAAAAUUAUUGCCAUUACUCAGAUGCAGGCCACAUAUGCUAGAAAAGCUUUUCCGUGUUUCGAUGAACCUGCCAUGAAGGCUGUGUUUAAUAUCACUCUUAUUCAUGAUCGAGGAACUAUUGCACUGUCAAACAGCCAAGAAAUGAAGUCAGAAAAUCUGAAUAUGAAGGGAGUUGAAGUUACCAGGACGAUUUUCGAACCCACGAAAAGGAUGUCAACAUAUCUUGUCGCAUUUGUUGUCAGUGAUUUUACUUACAUCAACGCUAAAGACAACAAGGGUGUUUUGGUUAGAAUAUGGGCACGGAAAAAAGCCAUUGAAGAGGGACAAGGGAACUACGCCCUUACCAUCACACAGCCAAUACUGGAGUUCUUUGAGAAGUAUUACAACACCAGCUAUCCACUAUCGAAGUCAGACCAGAUUGCUUUGCCUGACUUUAACGCCGGAGCUAUGGAAAACUGGGGUCUGGUGACUUACCGAGAGACGGCUCUUCUCUAUGAUGCCCAUACAUCUGCCAAUGGCAACAAACAGAGGAUUGUGACUGUGGUUUCCCAUGAACUAGCUCACAUGUGGUUCGGAAAUCUCGUGACACUGAAAUGGUGGAAUGAUCUCUGGUUGAACGAAGGGUUUGCGUCGUAUGUGGAGUAUCUGGGCGCUGACCACGCAGAGCCGACCUGGAACAUUAAAGACCAGAUCAUUCUGGAUGACCUACAAAGAGCAUUUGCUGUGGACAGCCUGACCUUCUCUCAUCCCCUCUCCCGAAUGGAGGAAGAGGUCAACACACCUGCAGAAAUUAGUGAAAUGUUCAACACCAUAUCCUACAGCAAGGGAGCUGCGGUUCUUCGAAUGCUCUCAGAAUUCCUGACAGAGCCUGUGUUUGCCAAGGGACUUAGUAAUUACCUGAAGCAGUUUGCUUUUGGAAGCUCUGUGCAUUCAGAUCUUUGGGACCAUCUUCAAAAGGCGGUUGACCAAACUCCAGGGUUGAAACUGCCAUGUAAUGUUCAUGACAUCAUGAACCGCUGGAUACUGCAGAUGGGUUUCCCUGUUGUCACCAUUGAUACUCGAACAGGCAACAUCAGCCAAAAACACUUUCUUCUGGAGUCCCAGGCAGUGGUGGAUCGCAAAUCUGAAUUCAAUUAUGAAUGGUUUGUGCCAAUCAAAUGGAUGAAGAAAGGUCAAGUGCAGGAUCAAGUGUGGCUUCUACAGAAAUCAGCCAUACACAAACCCAUGAAAGUCAGCCAAAGUGAGUGGGUUCUGGCAAACCUUCACGUGUCCGGAUAUUUCCGAGUGAAUUAUGACCCUGAGAACUGGGAGCGACUUCUCAGCCAGCUUGAGUCAAACCAUCAGGUCAUACCCGUGGUAAACAGAGCUCAGCUUUUGGAUGACGCAUUUAAUCUAGCAAGAGCAUCCAUUAUAAACAUAACACUCGCCCUGAGAACAACAAAAUAUCUCAUGCAUGAGCAGGAAUAUAUUCCAUGGGAGGCGGCUCUGAGGAAUCUCAACUAUUUUUUCCGCCUGUUUGAUCGUAGUGAAGUUUACGGUGCCAUGCAGGCAUAUCUCCAGAAACAAGUCAGACCUCUGUUUAAACAUUUCGCAACUAUCACCUCAAACUGGACGACGGUACCAUCCGGCCACACUGAACAGUUUACACAGAUCAUUGCAUUGUCUUUAGCCUGUAGUACAGGUGUGGAGGGUUGUAGAGAUCUGACUAAGAGCUGGUUCAAGGGAUGGAUGCAGAACCCACAUACAAACAUGAUUCAUCCAAAUCUGAGGUCCACAGUGUACUGUAAUGCCAUCGCUGUGGGCGGAGCCGAUGAGUGGAACUUCGCCUGGAAGAUGUUACAAAACGCCACAGUUGCAGCUGAAGCUGUUAAACUGAGAUCUGCUCUGGCCUGCACCAAAGUACCCUGGUUACUGAACAGGUAUCUGGAAUACACUAUGAACCCUGAAAAGAUUCGCAAGCAAGAUGCGAUUUCCAUCAUAGGAUAUAUCGCCAGUAACGUUAUUGGCCAACCCUUAGCAUGGGACUUUCUCCAAGCGAACUGGGACUAUUUCUUCAAAGUGUACGGAACUGGAUCUUUCACUUUAUCCAGAUUGAUCGGUGACAUCACUAACAGAUUCUCCACACCGUUUGAGCUCAGUCAGCUGAAACGUUUCCAGAAGGACAACGCUGAGACUGGAUUUGGCUCGGGAACUCAAGCGCUUCAACAGGCCAUUGAGAAGAUGACAGCCAAUAUUAAGUGGCUAGAGGAGAACAAGCAAGCGGUGCUAAAGUGGUUCAUCUCUGAAUCUGCGUAAAUCGGUGAAACACAAAAAGAGAUGUCUUGGAGAAUCUUCUCGUGUACACUGAUACAAGAGCGAGUAGCUGAUGUCAGGAAAUAAUCCUGUAACUUGAGGGAAUAACCAAUGGAUGCUUAUAAAAAUGUAUCAGCUAUUUUUUAUUCAAGGCAACUGGAAACAUGCGAAUCAUAAGGACAAUCCUCCUGGCGUAACCUGAGGUUAAUGUGUCUUUCUCAGGGGCACAUAGAUGGUCGUUCGUGAUCCACACCUAUGGGCUUAUCUUGAUGUUUUUACAUUUCAUUUGUUUAUAUGCCACUGUGAUAUAGCACAUACAAAUUUACACACGUUUUGUAAUAUGUUUUGAUACAUAUUCUUUAUACAACUGUGUUUUGUUGUCCCUCCUAAAUAAAUAUAAAGUUUUAUAAACUUCUA